AUGGGAUCAAUCUCCCCCACGGUAACUGUGUUACGGAUCCUCGACUCCAUCAAUGCAAAAGAACCCAACGCUUUAUACUGCGUUCAUCCAGCUUCCUCUAAUGUCUCCGAAGGUUGGCUUGAAAUCAGCAUUGCUGAUGUGGUGAGCGCGACAAAUCGUCUAGCUCUUUGGCUCCAUCUUAACGUGGCCUCUGCCGAUGCCCCCCAAGCCCUAGCAUAUAUAGGCGCAAAUGACAUACGCUAUUGUGCUUUUGUCUUCGCGUGCAUGCGACUUCGCCAUACUGUAUUACUCCCAAUCUCCAGUGUACCGGCUGUUUUUCUUUCAAAUAGGAACUCGGAGCAGGCAUCCCGCCAUGUGCUUUCUGCCGUCGGUUGCACUAAGCUCAUCUACACCCCUGAGCGAAGCCGACAAAUUGAUGAAAUCAAGUCGGCCGAUCCAUCUCUAAAAUCAUGGGUCGCGCCUGAUCUUUGGGAGGUCUUCGAUCGCCAAUCUACCGCUCCUGCCCUUGACAUAAAGGAACCUGCCGAGGAUUCGGAAGAUAGAGUGGCGCCUGUUCCAAUGACAAAUGGCUACUUCCUCGCUUUACAGCAGAUUUGUCAACUACCAACCCCCGAGAAUCGGGUUGGUAGCAUGGCUGCAGUUGCCGGAAGGGGCAAGCGGGCUCUUGCUGUGAGCCCUUUUUUCCACUUGAUGGGCAUGCUUAAUAUGAUGGUACCAGUAUUGGCAGGGACUCCCUUUGUCCUGACCCACGAAAAACCUAUAACAGUGGAUAUUUUCGCUCAAGUCAUCAAACAAACGCAGCCCAAGACUGCGAACAUGCCACCAAGUAUGCUAGAGGAGCUUUCAAAAUCCGACCUCGGGAUGGAAUGCCUAAAAACCUUUGAUUUGCUUACUUUCGGAGGUGCUCCUUUGGCUCGCGAAGCAGGUGAUCAAAUUGCAGAUGUCGUGCAUUUGCAGUCGGUCAUUGGAUCAAGCGAAUGCGCCAUUUUCGGUGCUUUAAAGCAUCAACACAAGGACGAAUGGCCCUACCUCGAGUUUAACCCUUUUGCGGGGUAUGAAAUGCGUGAGGCCGGCGAUGGGUACUAUGAGCUUGUUGUUUUGCGCGGAGAGAUGGGCAGCAACCUGCAUGCAGUGUUUCAUGCUUAUCCUGACAAGACAGAAUAUCAGACUGGAGAUCUUUUUACUUCCCACCCGGAAAAGAAAGGCCUUUGGCUCUACGCUGGGAGACGCGACGACGUGAUUGUUUUGAGCAAUGGAGAAAAGUUCAACCCAGUCACGAUGGAGGAGAUUAUCUCUGGACACCCGCUAGUCGAUCGGGCAGUCGUAGUCGGACAAGGUCGCUUCCAGUCUGGCGUUCUUAUUGAGCCUAACUGGGAGGCAUGGAAUGGCGAGGCAAGCGCCUUGAUCGACGAGAUCUGGCCUUUGGUGAAGAAGGCGAACGAGAUCGCCCCUGGCCAUGCCCAGAUAAUGAAGGACCGUAUCGGCCUUGCCUCUCAAUCCAAGCCUUUCCAGUUGACCCCUAAAGGGACCAUCAAGCGACGGAUGAUUGUGAGCGACUACGCAGAUGAGAUUGAUGCCAUUUAUGCCGUCUCCGAUCAGGUCAAGGCUGCCCAGAUUGCCAAAGAGGCCACUCGAUCGGAUGUUUCUGCUUACGUUGCUUCAACUCUGUGUGAAAUCCUGGAGGUUCCAAGCUUCGAUGUUAAUGCAGACAUCUUUGCAUCGGGACUCGAUUCGCUUCAGACACUGCGAUUGGGCCAAAUCCUCCAGGCAUCUCUUCAAUCUGCCUGCCCCGAUCUCGGGGCCGCAUUCAGCAGUCAGCAGCUCUAUUCCCUGCCGACAAUCACGCAACUCUCUGAUUACAUUUACGGUAUUCUUCAGGGGGAAGGUGCAGCUGUUGCUACCCCAGUGAUUGAACCUGACAGUGAGCGGGAGGCAAGGAUUGCGGAGCUUGUCGGGAAGUACUCUGAAGACUUCGGUCAGAACCACGCUGUCAUUCUCACUGGUUCAACUGGCUCACUCGGUACCUAUUUGCUAUCCAACCUUCUGAGCGACCUCAGUGUUACCAAAAUAUACUGCCUCAAUCGAUCGGAAGAUGCGGCCCCUAGGCAGCUACAGAGUUUACGUGAAAAGGGACUGGCCAAAUUCGACAAGUUCCCACGACGAGUAGAGUUCCUCCAGGCACAGUUCGGGGCCGAAAAGCUUGGUCUUGGUGAUGAAAAGUAUGAUGACAUGUUGCAGGAGGUUGAUACAAUCAUCCACAAUGCGUGGAAAGUCAACUUCAACCACCGAGUCGAGGCCUUUGAGAGCCCACACAUUGAGGGUGUUCGUCGUCUUGUGGAAUUUAGUGCCGCCAGCGAGAAGACAGCCCACAUCCACUUCAUUUCUUCUAUAUCCACUAUCGAGGGAUACAACAAAGGCCCGUCCAUCCCUGAAAUUAUUUUUGAUGAUCCAAGCUCUGUCCUUCGUCAAGGCUACGGCGAGUCAAAGCACAUCUCCGAAAGAAUCUGCGCCACGGCUUCCGCGAAAUGCGGUGUCCCGACAAGUAUCCAUCGCGUAGGCCAGAUUGGAGGUCCAACAAGCGAGCUGGGUAUGUGGAAUACGCAAGAAUGGGUGCCUUCGCUGGUAGCAGCCUCAAAAACGAUCAAGCAGAUCCCCAAUUCGUUGGGUUCAGUGACAGUGCAAUGGGUUCCAGUGGAUGUGUGCGCGAAAGUGAUCACUGAAAUUGUUCGCACUCGACGCACGACUCAAGAGGAUGAGCCUUGCGCAGCAUUCCACAUUGUCAACCCCAAGGUUGCAGAUUGGCAAUCGCUUAUUCCGGCCGUGAGAAAAUAUUUCGACGUCGAGCCAGUCGAUAUUCAGACAUGGAUCGCCACGCUGGAGGGCUUCACUAACCCCACAGAAGACGAUUUGCGGGACAAACCUGCUCUCAAGAUUCUAGACUUUUUCAAGGCUAUCGCAUACUCGAAUGAGGCUGGCCCUUCGACCGAAACAACGAAGACACAGGCUGCUAGUAAGACCUUGCGACGACUACAGGCAGUCGACGCCCCAUUGAUGGAGAACUGGAUGAGACAGUGGAAGUUCUGA